AUGCAUGCCUUUUAUUUUUCUAUAAUUCAAGUGCCAUGUUCACCGUCAUGUCUGCCAUUUUUGCCCGUUGGGAACGAUUACUCGAAAUAUUACCAAGAGAUAGGAGCGGAAAUGAUCGGCAAUCAAUUGCUCAUCAGAUUGGAGAAAGACAAGAACAGACUAAGAAAGAAACGACAUGAAUGGAAUCCACCUUGCGAUUGUGUCGAGAUUCAAAGACCGACGAGCAAGAGAGGCCCCAAGAUAAUCAAUGCGAAUUACGACGAUCGUGUUGUAUUCCGCGUUCACUCUUCUUCUCAGUUUGACACACAAGAGGAAUUGGCUUAUAAAUCACAAACUGUCGCCUACAUAAUUGAAUCGUGCAGAGAUGAACAGAAUAGCCACCGAUGCAAGACCAUCACAAUAUAUCCUCAAAAGAGUAUUCCAGGAUCCCAAGAAGUAUAUACUAAUCACAUUACAGAGGAAAAUCAAGAUAUAUUUUUAUUGCGAAUAAAAAAGAAAAUGGAAUUUCCUGACCAGAAAAAUAGAAAUGUCGAGCUUGAACUCAGAACACCAAAACAACCAAAACUACUAAAACUUCCAACACCGUCAUUUACACAACCUGUAGUUGUACCACUGCAACCAGAAAAUAUUGCUGAUUUGGUUGUGGAAGACAUAAAAGAACCGGAAAAUUCGAGUAAAUUUAAGAAUAAAUCUAAGAAAAAACCAAAAAAAGCAGCGAAGAAAAGAAAGUACGCAGAUGUAACUCAGAAAAUAAGAGUAUAG